AUGGGGGGAUCAAUUGUCUUUUUAUAUAAAAUUAUUAAAAAUUUAUUUCUUCUAAUUUCUUUUAAGAUUAAAGAAUUUGCUAGAAUCGCCGUAUCUUCUUCCUAUUCUGCAUCAAAAACUUCAAUUCCUCCAUUAAAGAUUGUUAUAUUAGACGAAGCUGAUGCAAUGACAGGGCCAGCCCAAUCUGCUUUACGUCGUACAAUGGAAAAUGAGACACAAACAACUCGUUUCUUUUUAAUUUGUAAUUAUGUUACUCGAAUUAUUGAACCGUUAACUUCGAGAUGUGCAAAGUUUCGAUUUAAGCCGCUUUCUGAAGAGGCACAAAAAGAACGUUUGCUCAACAUUUCCAUCGCUGAAGAAAUUAAUUUUGAUGAAAAUGCAAUAGAACAAUUAGUUUCAAUUUCAAAUGGAGAUUUACGUAAAUCAAUUACUUUAAUGCAAUCAAUGGCUUGUUCUGCUGUUAAUAAUUCGAUAAGUGUUGAAGAUGUUAAAGAAAUGUCUGGGGAAAUACCUGGGAAAUUGAUGGAAGAAUUUAUUGAUGUUGUUAAAUGUUUGGAUCAGGAAAAGGUAAAUCAUUAUGCAAAGAAAAUUGUUAAAAAUGGGUAUAGUGUUACUCAAUAUUUAACCCAAUUAUUGGAUAUUAUUUUGGGAUAUCAAAAUUUAAAAGAAGUUAAGAAAGCAAAAAUAUUUAUUAAAAUAGCGGAAACAGAAAAAUGUUUGAUAGACGGGGCUGAUGAGUAUAUACAACUUUUGAAUUUAUUGUUGACUUGUCAGGGAUGUUUUGCUGAUAUGGAUUGA